AUGGAGAUGAUGAAUAGCUCAAUAUCUGAGUUUGUGUUGUUAGGACUCACCAACAACUGGAAACUUGAAAUUUUCUUUUUCUGCAUAUUUCUGUUGGCCUACACAGCCCUUAUGGCAGGAAACCUUCUCAUUGUGGUCACCGUAACCUUUGACUCCCAUCUGCACUCUACACCCAUGUAUUUCCUCCUUGGAAAUCUCUCCUUCCUCGAUAUGUCCAUUUCUACAAUCACCACCCCUAAGAUGAUCACAGAUUUUCUCAGGGAAAAGAAAACGAUUUCCUUGUGGGGCUGUAUGGCUCAGAUGUUCUUCCUCCACUUUUUAGGAGGGAGUGAGAUGACUCUUCUCAUAGUUAUGGCCAUAGAUCGGUACGUUGCCAUAUGCAGACCUCUGCACUACACCACCAUUAUGAACCGCAGGGUGCUCCUGGGCUCCGUGCUACUGUCCUGGGCUGUUGGUUUUGUGCAUACAAUGAGCCAGAUGGUCUUUAUGAUCACCUUGCCCUUCUGUGGCCCCAAUGUAGUGAACAAUAUUUUCUGUGACCUUCCUCUCGUCCUAAAGCUUGCCUGCACGGAGACUUAUGUUCUGGAGUUGCUGGUAAUUGCUGACAGUGGACUGUUGUCUUUCAUCUGCUUCAUACUCUUGCUCAUUUCCUACACUGUCAUUCUAGUGACUGUCAGACGGCGAUCCUCUGGAGGACUUUCCAAGGCUCUGUCUACACUGUCAGCUCACAUUACAGUGGUCACUCUCUUCUUUGGACCAUGCAUCUUCAUUUAUGCUUGGCCAUUCGGUGGCCUUUCAGUGGAUAAAUUUCUUUCUGUGUUUUAUUCCGUUAUCACACCCUUACUGAACCCUAUUAUUUAUACUCUGAGGAAUCAGGAGAUGAAAGCGGCCAUGAGUAGACUGAGGACCCACCAUGUCAGCUCCAGACAGAAUUUCUAG